AUGGCUGAUUUCGCACCCCCAGGUGCCCCAGGCGCACCCACCAACCCCGGAAUGAACGGCUCGAGCGACCCGAACUUCGCCCAGCCGACCAUCUCGUCCAUGCCAUCCAAUGAAGCUGCCAAGACCCUAUGGAUGGGUGAAAUGGAAGGCUGGAUGGACGAGACGUUCAUCAAAAAUGUCUUCCAGACCGUCCUAGGCGAAGCUGUCCAGGUGAAGGUCAUCCGAGACCGCAACUCCGGCAAUGCCGGCUACUGCUUCGUGGAAUUCAACACCCCUGAUGCUGCCCAGAAGGCUCUGGGCCUAGCUGGUAACCCCGUUCCCAACUCCUCGCGCGUCUUCAAGCUCAACUGGGCUUCCGGAGGUGGAUUGGUCGACCGUCGUGACGAUCGCGGACCAGAGUUCAGCAUUUUCGUCGGAGAUCUCGGGCCAGAAGUCAACGAGUUCGUGCUGGUCUCGCUCUUCCAGAGUCGUUUCCCUUCUUGCAAGUCGGCCAAGAUCAUGACCGACGCCAUGACCGGUCAAUCGCGUGGAUAUGGUUUCGUCCGCUUCGGCGAUGAGGCUGACCAGCAGCGCGCUCUCGUUGAAAUGCAGGGUGUCUAUUGCGGGAACCGCCCGAUGCGCAUCUCGACUGCUACCCCCAAGACUCGCUCGCACCAGUAUGGCCAGGCCCACGGCGCGAGCCCCAUGGCCCCUCAGGUUGGCGGCCCUGGCCCUGCGGGUCAGAUGGGCUGGGGAGUUCCUCAGUACUACAACCAGGGAAACUUCAACCCCAUGCAGCCGAUGAACCAGUUCACCGAUCCGAACAACACCACUGUCUUCGUUGGCGGUCUCUCGGGCUAUGUCACCGAGGAUGAACUUCGCUCGUUCUUCCAGGGCUUCGGCGAGAUCACCUAUGUCAAGAUCCCGCCUGGCAAGGGAUGCGGUUUCGUCCAGUUCGUUCAUCGUCAUGCCGCUGAGAUGGCUAUCAACCAGAUGCAGGGAUACCCCAUUGGCAACUCGCGGGUCCGUCUCUCUUGGGGGCGAUCUCAGAACAAUUCGGGAGUAGGUACCCCUUACCGACCUGCUCCUCCCCCUCCUCAUUACAUGAGUGGUAUGCCCCCGCAUGCUGGUGGCCCUGGCGGUCCCUACGGACCUCCCCACUUCGGUGGAAACCCUCCACAGGGACCACCGCCGGGUGGCCUUCAGGUAAUGCACCCCUCCUUCCUUGGGCCUCCGCCCGGCAUCCCCGCAUACACUGCCUCCCAUGCUUUUGAGGGUGCCGGUGCUGCUCCUCGACGUGCCCAUGGUCGUCGUCAGCAGAACCAGCAGCCCGGGCAGGGCAAUCGCCGCUCCUAUGGGGCUCAUGUCUCCCACUCAAUGGGAUCUCGUGGGCACCGUGGGCACCACGCAUCGCGUGGGCAGGCCCAGCCACAGGGACUGCAGCAGCAGCCGUCGGGCUUCCAUGCCCUUGCCCCCACCCAUCCCCCGUCCACCAUGCAUUCUAACUCGCGAUGA